GUUUGACGUCAUUUAACCCGCUGAAAAUUCAAAGUUUGAGGCGGAGACUGAGACUCGAACAGAACAACAAGUGUGUCAGCUUUCUGUCAGUUAGCACUGAACUCUGCACUGGCCUCGUUUUCAGUCAAAAUGGAGGUCGGAGAGGCGAAUUCCAGCAGUCUGAAGAGAGCGAGGACACCCUUGUCCGACACAGAAGGCAACAUUGUCCCACCAACAGAGGUGAAUGAUGGACAGAAGCGCCGGCGCCUGGAUGUUGCCGGACAGGAAAACUGCAGUCCCAAGGUGUCCUCCUCUGGACGUCUUGCAGAGCUGAAGAAAAGACAAGACACGCCCAUAGUUCCCUCUGUGCGGUCUCGUUUGGAGCAACUGACUCAGAAACAUACUGGAGGCGCCCCUCUGGCUCAGCGAUGCCUGUCUGAUCCUGGAGCUGACAACAAGCAAGAUAAAGUCUUCAGGGAAUGUCUUCUUGGUGAGGACCAAUUUCACCAGCGAGUUGAGUGCUUUGAGGCUCUAAUUUCCAAGACUGAAGCCUCUCCGACUCCAAGUCCCGUGAGUUCACAGAACCGCUCAGAUUUUGUAUCUGGGAUUCAGCAAAAGCUCCAGGACACGGCCACGCCCAGCUCCAAACAGGCCUCUCGCAUCCGCCAGGAACGGGAGCAGGAACUGAACCAGCUACAGUUCCAGCCCAUCAGUGAGAACGCCUGGUUAAAGAGGAGUAGCUCUGACCCUUCCCUGUCUCAGCAGGCUGAUGAUGAUACAAAACUGAAUGAUGGCAGCUUCACCGAGGCAUCAGCUGCAUAUAAACCUGCCGUUGACACCACAGACAAAUUGACAGGUGGAAUAAAACAAUGUGUUGAGGAAGAUGCAUCCACACCUGUAGAGUCCUCCCACAAAGUACAGCUCCUGCUAGAAUGGAAUGAAACUAACAAGGACAGGAAGGACGAGGAAGUAUUCCUUCAACCAGAGGCUCGCACCGUUCUGCAGUUGUCCUUCAGCGAGGAAGUGAAUGAAUCACUUCAGUCAGUUGCAGAAGACCAGAGAUGUGUAGAAUCCCCUCAUCCUGAAGAAGAAGUUUCAGACAUGGAGACGGAUGAGAAAUCGUUUAGAACAGAUGAAAAUGACAAGAUGGCUGAUUCUUCUCACGGGGAAGAUAUCUUUGAGCCCUCAACUGAUGAUGAGUUGAGGUCAUGGAGAUACCCUCAUGGGAGGGAUGCAACAGGGGAGGACCUUCUCUCAAAUGAGCAGGAUGAUUGUGUUGUGGAGCAGCAAAGAGAGUCUGAGCCCUCAAGAGAGGACAUGACAUGUAAUGAAGAUCUACCUGAACAAUGUCAGACACAGGGUGAUCAGACUGUAACUGAGGAUCCACUCCCUAAAGGGGAAGAGUUGGACUCAGAACUACAGGUCCCGCUUGAAUUCAAAAAUAGUCAAGACGGCAAUACUAGCCCAAGAGAUGAUGAUGUCCCACGGGACGGAUCUCAUGUCAUGAAACUAGAUGAGAGAGCUGGUGAUGGGAAGCAUGUCGAGAGUCAGAGCACAGAUCCUGAGAUGGAGAGUUUGAUCUGCAUGGAACACAUCAGAGAAGAUGCAUGUGAGUCAGAAGCACUGUCCGUUGAUGCCAAACAUGAGGAGGAAGAUGAAGCGAACACAGAAAGUGGUGUGCUAGACGAUGAAGGGAAGGAUGAGUACCAGACAGAGGAGACUCACAAGACGGUGGAAGGAGAGACCUGUAAGAGAGUGACUCUUGUUCUGGAGCCAGAAUUAAUCAAGUAUUCAGUCUUGUCUGACACCACUUCCUUGGAGUCUGUGGGAGAGACCAGCAUGUCAGAUGUGGAGCUGAGCUUCCAUGAUGAGACCAACACAGCUGAAAUCAUUGACCAGAUGUUUGAUGAGGUGCUGGAGUAUGCUGGUAAGAUGCAGGAGAGCCGAGCAGAUGAGGAGGACACCGAAGACCAUGACAGUGGCAUCAGAACUUGCAUGACGGAGAAGGAAAAAAUGGAAACCAAAGAGAGGAAAGAUCCAGGAGAGGUGGGAGAUGGUGAUGAGGAGCAGGAGGAGAGCGAGUUGCUGGAGAGCAACGCCGAUGAGCUUUUGACCUUCCCUCCGAGUUGCAUCCUUUCUCCGCUCAGCAAGUCAGUGGAAGCAGCUGUCACCCCACUGCGCCUCGCGGCCGGCUUGGAUUCCAAUCCCCCAUCUCUGCUGUUGACCCCUGGGGACACAUCCACCCCCAUGGCAGAGUCUGCUCCCCUCUACAGUGUUGAUGCCUAUCGUACACUACAUCAGAGCAAACCUCCCACCAUCCAGAGCGCUACACCCAGCGCACCAAGGCGAGCUGUCGAGAAGCCCAGCGCUCCACCGUCUGUCAACAGCAAAGAGAAAAUAGCAGCUCUGAACGGCGAGGCAGCGAAGCUGCAGAAUGUGAUCAACCAGACUCUUCAGGCUCUGAGCUGCUGCACUGAUGAGGAGCAUGGCCGAGGCUCCCUGGAGGAGGCGGAGGCUGAAAAACUGCUGCUGGUCUCCUGUGAGAAACGCGCAGCACUGCUGGCUGAAGUGGCCAGGCUGAGGGAUGAGAGGAACUCUGAGUCAGUAGCUGGGAGCAAAGCUGUUAUCCAGCAGCAACCAUGCAGGGGCACAGUCACCAUCACAAACAUCCAACUGCCCCUCAAAGUGGAGUUUGUUUGCUCUUCACACAGCCGCCCUGGCCGACCCAGUCACUACUUCUUCAUCCUGAUCCGCUAUGGCCCAUGCAACAUUGUGGCCACGCCCCUGGCCACUGCCGCCGACGCUCAGAACGGAGACACGAUCUCCUUCCCAACAUCUGUCACUCUGAAGGAUAUCCGCUCCACAUUUGAGAUCGAUGUUGAAGUCUACAGCCUGUCACACACCUCUGCAAGUAGCUGCACCACCGACCGCGCCAGCAUCAGGUCUCGGGUGACACCAAGAAAGCUCCUCAACACCUUAACUCAGUCCAACAACAGCAUGGGUUCAACUGGCCUGUCCAGACUCACCCGUCGCUCCAGUGACUUUUCUCUGGUGGGCUCUCACAAGAUCACGCUGGCCUCUCUGGGACACUCCAAGUUCCCCCUGGAUAAGAUGAAGCUUGAAGGAAAGAUCAGGAGGCUCCUGGGAGAUGAGUUUCAGGAAAAGGUGCCCUUUCUUUCCCCUCUAGAGGGCAGCAUCUACUUGAAGCUGGACAGCCAGGGUCACUCUCACGUGCAGCACCAAGGUUUCCUGACGAUGUUUGAGAUGAUCAGUGGCUUCGGCAUGUGGCACCGCCGAUACUUUGCUUUGGACGGCUGCAGCCUGCUCUACUGGAACCACCCAAACGACCAGGAAGAUAAGGAACCGGUGGGACGCGUCUCUCUUUCCAGCUCCUCCACCGAGUGUGUGCGGCCGGUCAACAGGGAUUUGUGCGCUCGACCUUUCACCUUUGAGCUGGUGAGGAGUCAGCAGCAGGAGCAGGCAGCCAUGACCAAGUGCUGGUUUUCUGCAGACACCAAAGAAGAGCGGCUGGACUGGAUAGAGAAACUCAAUCAAGCUCUGUUGGACUUCCGCACCUGGAGCCGCGUGUCUGCCUGCCAGACGGAGACCCAGCAGACGGCCAAGUCGCGGGAGAGCUUACUGUAGCCGUCGCUGACAUUUUCUCUUCAGCUGAAUCCAGUCUGUUUUAUUUUGUCUGAGGCAAUCAGCUGCUUGUUUCGUUACGUUCAGUAACCUGGGUUCAAUGAAACUGGAAGGAGAGCAAUAUUUAUAGAGGAAUACUAAUAAUUCUGAAGGAACAUUGAUCAUUCUGAAACCGUUUCUGUUUCGCUUUGUUGUUCAGUGGCGGUGCAUCUACUGCGGACGUCUUUGGGUGAACUGAUGAGACACUAGAGAAUAUUCUUCAUAGUACUAUUGUUCUGCUGCCGUUAUAGUUUUAAAUCUAUAAACAAGUGUGUGAUGACACUGAAGAGUUGGGUGAAGAUGCUGCUGCUUUAACCACCGUCACUUUGUUCUUCUGUCUCAAUGUCUGACGUUGUUUCCAUGUCGACCCGUCCUCGGCAAUAAAUGUUCUUCUGUGGAAAUAACUUGGUUUUUACUUUAGAAAUCUCAUGCAGCCCUUGAAUUCAUGAACAAUGUGUUCAUCAAUGUCUCUAAAUAUUGUGAGUACAGAGGCAGUAAAGUUCCUUUUUCAACGCCUCGAACGAUGCUGACUGCUGGAUGGAACUGACCUGCUGGAUGUCUUUUUGUCUCUGAUCAAAGUGUUUGGGUACUCGUGAGGUGGGUGUAUUAACAGAGACGGUGCAGUGGGAGCUCCAGUGAUGGGUCCUUUUAGAUCAGUCUAAUGAUCAUUACUGACUGG